GCCCGCGCGGUACCGCCCCAGCCUCGGGGCCCCCGGAGCGUUGUGCUCUGGCUCCCUCGUCUGGGAAGCCGUUGGCCGGAGCCGUCGCCGCCGGGGGGUGGUGCCCGGGCCAGUGAGCCCCUCCCCGGGCGAUGGGGCCGACAGCCCGGGCCACGGCGCGGCGGGGGUGACCGCGGGGACCCGGCCCGCCCCGUCCCGGGCCGCAGCCCCGGGUCCCGAGGGCGAGGCGUCGCGGCGCCGGCAGCGUCCGACGCAGCGGCGGCGCGGGUGGUGGCCGUGGCGGCGGCGGCGGCGGCGGCAGAAGCAGCAGCAGCAGCAGCAGCAGGACGAGGAGGAGCGGCGGCCCAGUGCGGGACCCGACCCGGCGUUGGCCGAGCGAUGCGCGGAGGCCGCCCCGCCGCCGCCCCGGGCCGCCACCUCGCCUCCUCGCGUCCACAAAGCCUGGUCACGGCGGCGGCGGGGGCGGCGGCGGCGGUCGUCCAUGGAGCUCGAGAACCUCUUGGCCAACUCGAUGCUGCUGAAAGCGCGCCAAGGAGGAUAUGGCAAAAAAAGCGGUCGUAGUAAAAAAUGGAGGGAGAUGCUGAAGCUGCCCCCUGUCGGCCAGUGCAGCGAGCUUCGACAUUCGAUUGAGAGGGAGUAUAGCAGUCUUUGUGACAAGCAGCCAAUUGGAAGACUUCUCUUCAGGCAGUUCUGUAAUACAAAGCAUGAUCUAAAGAGGUGCAUUGAAUUCCUGGAUGCAGUGGCGGAAUAUGAAGUGGCUGCUGACGAGGACAGAAGAGACUGUGGGCUCCUGGUCUUAGACACAUUCUUCAUUGAGGAGAGUUCGGCAACCCCUCUACCAGAAAUACCGGCCCACGUCGUGCAGGAGUGCAGACUACAGCUGCAGGAGGACCCUUCCAAAGACGUGUUCAAGGAAUGCACUCGGAUUGUCCAUGACUAUUUAAGUGGAGAAUCAUUUGAAGAAUACCAAGAAAGCUCAUAUUUUUCUCGAUUUUUACAGUGGAAAUGGCUGGAAAGGCAACCAGUAACAAAGGACACAUUUAGGCAUUACAGAGUUCUAGGAAAAGGCGGAUUUGGAGAGGUUUGUGCCUGUCAAGUGCGAGCCACGGGGAAAAUGUAUGCCUGUAAAAAGCUAGAAAAGAAAAGAAUAAAGAGAAGGAAAGGGGAAGCUAUGGCUCUCAGUGAAAAAAGAAUCCUAGAAAAAGUGCACAGUAGAUUUGUAGUUAGCUUGUGCUACACUUACGAAACCAAAGAUUCCUUGUGCUUGGUGCUAACCAUUAUGAAUGGAGGGGACCUGAAGUUUCACAUUUACAAUUUGGGCAACCCUGGCUUCGAUGAGCAGAGAGCUAUUUUCUAUGCUGCAGAGCUGUGCUGUGGCUUGGAGGAUUUGCAGAGGGAAAGAAUUGUGUACAGAGACUUAAAGCCUGAGAAUAUUCUCCUCGAUGAUCAUGGACACAUCCGGAUUUCAGAUCUUGGUUUAGCCGUGGAGAUCCCGGAAGGGGAGACCAUCCAAGGAAGAGUCGGAACGCUCGGCUACAUGGCUCCCGAAGUUCUCAAUCGUGAAAGGUAUACAUUUAGUCCUGAUUGGUGGGGACUUGGCUGUCUGAUAUACGAAAUGAUUCAGGGACAUUCUCCGUUCAGAAAAUUCAAGGAGAAGGUUAACAGGGAGGAGGCGGAGCGGAGAGUGAAGGAGGAGACGGAGCGGUACUCCCAGAAGUUCUCCGAGGACGCCAAGUCCAUCUGCAGCCUGUUACUCACCAAGGAUCCCAAGCAACGCCUGGGCUGCAGGGGCGAAGGAGUGGCUGAAGUCAAGGGCCACCCUGUGUUCAGGGACAUUAACUUCAAGAGGCUGGAGGCCCACAUGUUAGACCCCCCUUUCCGUCCUGACCCGCAGGCGGUUUACUGCAGGGACGUCCUGGACAUCGAGCAGUUCUCCAGGGUGAAGGGCAUCCACCUGGACAGCACCGACUACACCUUCUACGGCCAGUUCGUCACGGGCUGUGUCUGCAUCCCCUGGCAGAACGAGAUGAUCGAGUCUGAAUGUUUCAAGGACAUCAACGAAAGGGGAAAUGUGGCCUUAGAUCCAGAAGAGAAGACAUAUCAACCAGCUCCCAAACAGAAGAGGGGCUUCUUCCACAGACUCUUCACUCGAGGGCUUUCUUUUUUCAGUGCCUGUUAUAUAAGAUAAUUUACAUAGUUUGAAAGCCAGCCAUAAGGUGCAGUUUGAGCCCAGCGAGAAGAAUCCUCACAAUGAUGUUUGCUACUGGUAUGAAAACUGUUCUGAUGCAAAAAGAAGGAAUGGCUUACAACACUCGAAAGGGGAUCCGUCUGUCGAUGACAAAGCAUUUCACACUAGGCUCAGAAAUCAGCAUCUUGUAGAACAACCAUAAAACAGUGCACAUCAUUUCAAUUUCUGCCUUACGUGUUCUGAUUCUUUUUUUCUUUUUUUUUUUCGCUGCAUUGGGUCUUAGCUGCGGCACGCGGGAUCUUUCGUUGGGGCACACAGGCUUCUCUCUAGUUGUGGCUCAGUAGUUGCGGCACGCAGGCUUAGUUGCCCCGUGGCAUAUGGGAUCUAGUUCCCUGAGCAGGGAUCACACCUGCGUCCCCUGAAUUGGAAGGUGUAGUCUUAACCCCUGGGCCACCAGGGAAGUCCCCGUGUUCUCAUCCUUAGAGCUGUCACAUCAUUCGCCGCGAUCACAGGGAAAGCUGAUUUUCUUUUGAACAUGGAAGAGUGGUUUGGAGAGACUUUCUGUGGUAGCAUUAAACUUAGGAAUUUUUUCCAAGUCUCCUUGGACCAGUGGAUUAUCCUGCCGUGAACCCCGUCUGUUCCCGAGGGAUUUAUGCCGAGGUUGUCCACUAACAUCCAUGGUUUUUCAGUAUAGACCCAGAGGGUGUGACCACGUUUCCUCUGCGAACUGGGGGCUGGGCAGGAGUUAACCCCGUCCUUCUCUGGGACCGGGUGUCUCUCGGUGCGAGUCCUCUCAGGUCCGCACCGUGGGGGCCUUCAGAGAACCUCCGGCCGGUGGAAUCCAUACAGUCGUUCCGGAAGGAGCCGCGCACCCCGCGCCGCUCAGCUGGGUGCUGAGUGCGGGGCGGGGUACGCAGCGUGAGUGCAGGGCGCAUGGGCGACGCUGUCUCUGCGUGAACCAAGCAGCCCGCAGGACGUGCAGCUCACGGGAGGGAAUUUAAGGGUUUCCCUGCCUAGAAGUCAGCACCCCCCGCCACGUUUUCACGUCCGCUUAAGGCAGGUCAGCGACUUGCAUCAGAAAGGCGCCUGACAGGCCUUCUGCUGUCGAGCGGGGCUGCAUCAACGCCAGCCCCAGCGAGAAGGAGCUGCCCUCCAGCCGGUGAGCGCUCGCUGCGCAGCCGGCCGGCGCCACGGAGCCGUGCCCGGGGCUGCAUCCUGCCCGUGAACUGCAGUAACCACGCGGGACGCACCCUGAAACGUGCCCGAGGACUCUGGCCAUUUUUCUGCUUCCAUACCUGGAUUGUCUUUUCACUAAAGCUGGAUGGGGGAAAGGCCCCUUGAGGACUUGUGCCGCCCAGAAAGCCCCAGCUGCGGACGCCUUGUGGCGGGGGACUCGGCGUGUCCCCGCGGGGAGGAGGGGAGAGGCCGGGGUGCCGGCCCUGCAGCGUCGGCGCCGGAGGUCCUGCUCCUCGCCCGCGGCUCCUCCCGUGCUCCUCCCGUGGCUGGGCGCCGGUUAGAAGACCUUGGCCCCUUUCCCUUCGUGUUCGCCGCUCCCGUGCCUCUCACCGAGAUUCCCCCCACCUGCCCUCGGGCAUCUCCGUUGCACCCCUGUCCCUCCUCUGAAGGAGGGUGUUGCCAGGACCCUGAGGUCGGGGCUUGGCUGUCGGGGGCCGCUCUCCCUACCCCUGCAGUGUUGGACGGGUUUCUGUGGCCGCGGCCUGUGAGUCUCCGGGGCUGGGAUCCCGGAGCCAGACGUGCUGGAGGGGCCCUGGAGUCGGGGCGAAGGGGCGCCCGCUGUGCACCGGGCCUCGGCAGGGCCUUCUGGGGCCAGAGCGGCCUUUGGCAAGGUGCGAGCUGGUGGAGGGAAGAGCCGGGAAGCCUCCUGUGUCCUGCGACCCCGCCGGCUGCCCUGCCUCCGCGGCGGGCCGAGGUCGAGGUCACUGUCCCUUGGCUUGCCCGGGAGCCCUUGCCACCUGCCGUGUGGGGUCCAGGGUUCGGGCCUCGGAGACUGUAACCGAACAGCAGGGACUUGGUCCGGAUGCCGUGACACCCGGGAAGCCACCGCCGGGGCCUGGCCCCGCGUCGCUCUCCCCAAGGGUCAUCCGCCCCACCCAGCGCGUCCCGAGGUGCGGUUUGCAUCUGCGCUGAUGGAGCUGUAUGCCGCAUGCCGGCUGCAGUGGGGAGCCCAGUAGCGUGGAGGCCCGUGUCUAGAGCAGAGUCCCUCCCGGGUCACGUACCACAGACCAGCUAGUCUGAGUUGCACGUCUCCAUGCCCAAGUGAGAGCCCUGACAGAGACAACAAAUCUAGCCCCUGGCCCCCACCAUUCUACUUUCUGUCUCUAUGGAUUUGACGACUCUUGGGACCUCAUAUGUUGAAGACGGGUAAAGACAGAGCUCCAGGACACCCCACAGACCCCCACUGACCGACACUGCCCAUUCAGCUGGUACAGCCACUUGACUAUUUACCAACUCAAGCUCCCACUACAUGGGUACAUUUCUCCCCCGCUUUUCCUUGAGAGACAUUGUCAAAAUGCAUUAUGGAAAGAAAAUGAGCUAUAGUUGGGAGGGGGUUAUGUAUAUGUAGUCAUAAAAUACCUUGACACAAGUAAGAGUAAAUAUAUCAUAUAAAUGGUCUUUUUUUAAAUUUUUAAAUUUAUUUUUGUAUACAGCAGGUUCUUAUUAGUCAUCCAUUUUAUACACAUCAGUGUAUACAUGUCAAUCCCACUCUCCCAAUUCAUCCCACCACCACCAUCACCACCACCCCUGCGGCUUUCCCCCCUUGGUGUCCAUACAUUUGUUCUCUACAUCUGUGUCUCUAUUUCUGCCCUGCAAACCGGUUCAUCUGUACCAUUUUUCUAGGUUCCACAGAUAUGCUUUAAUAUACAAUAUUUGUUUUUCUCUUUCUGACUUACUUCACUCUGUAUGACAGUCUCUAGGUCCAUCGACGUCUCAACAAAUGACCCAAUUUCGUUCCUUUUUAUGGCUGAGUAAUAUUCCCUUGUAUAUGUGUACCACAUCUUCUUUAUCCAUUCAUCUGUCAAUGGGCAUUCAGGUUGCUUCCAUGACCUGGCCAUUGUAAAUAGAGCUGCAGUGAACACUGGGGUGCAUGUGUCUUUUUGAAUUACGGUUUUCUCUGGGUAUAUGCCCAGUAGUGGGAUUGCUGGAUCAUAUGGUAGUUCUAUUUUUAGUUUUUUAAGGAACCUCCAUACUGUUCUCCGUAGUGGCUGUAUCAAUUUACAUUCCCACCAACAGUGCAAGAGGGUUCCCUUUUCUCCACACCCUCUCCAGCAUUUAUUGUUUGUAGAUUUUCUGAUGAUGCCCAUUCUCAUUGGUGUGACGUGAUACCUCAUUGUAGUUUUGAUUUGCAUUUCUCUAAUAAUUAGUGAUGUUGAGCAGCUUUUCAUGUGCUUCUUGGCCAUCUGUAUGUCUUCUUUGGAGAAAUGUCUAUUUAGGUCUUCUGCCCAUUUUUGGAUAGGGUUUUUUUUUUUUUUAAUAUUGAGCUGCAUGAGCUGUUUAUAUAUUUUAGAGAUUAAUCCUUUCUCUGUUGAUUCGUUUGCAAAUAUUUUCUCCCAUUCUGAGGAUUGUCUUUUCAUCUUGUUUAUGGUUUCCUUUGCUCUGCAAAAGCUUUGAAGUUUCAUUAGGUUCCAUUUGUUUAUUUUUGUUUUUAUUUCCAUUACUCUAGGAGGUGGAUCAAAAAAGAUCUUGCUGUGAUUUAUGUCAAAGAGUGUUCUUCCUAUGUUUUCCUCUAAGAGUUUUUAUAGUGUCCGGUCUUACAUUUAGGUCUGUAAUCCAUUUUGAGUUUAUUUUUGUGUAUGGUGUUAGGGAGUGUUCUAAUUUCAUUCUUUUACAUGUAGCUGUCCAGUUUUCCCAGCACCACUUAUUGAAGAGACUGUCUUUUCUCCAUUGUAUAUCCUUGCCUCCUUUGUCAAGGAUUAGUUGACCAUAGGUGCGUGGGUUUACCUCUGGGCUUUCUAUCUAGUUCCAUUGAUCUGUGUUUCUGUUUUUGUGCCAGUACCAUAUUGUCUUGAUUACUGUAGCUUUGUAGUAUAGUCUGAAGUCAGGGAGUCUGAUUCCUCCAGCUUUGUUUUUUUCCCUCAAGACUGCUUUGGCUAUUCAGGGUCUUUUGUGUCUCCAUACAAAUUUUAAGAUUUUUUGUUCUACUUCCGUAAAAAAUGCCAUUGGUAAUUUGAUAGGGAUUGCAUUGAAUCUGUAGAUUGCUUUGGGUAGUAUAGUCAUUUUCACAAUAUUGAUUCUUCCAAUCCAAGAACACGGUAUAUCUCUCCAACUGUUGGUAUCAUCUUUAAUUUCUUUCAUCAGUGUCUUAUAGUUUUCUGCAUACAGGUCUUUUGUCUCCCUAGGUAGGUUUAUUCCUAGGUAUUUUAUGCUUUUUGUUGCAAUGGUAAAUAGGAGUGUUUCCUUAAUUUCUCUUUCAGAUUUUUCAUCAUUAGUGUAUAGGAAUGCAAGAGAUUUCUGUGCAUUAAUUUUGUAUCCUGCAACUUUACCAAAUUCAUUGAUUAGCUCUAAUAGUUUUCUGGUGGCAUCUUUAGGAUUCUGUAUUUAGAGUAUCAUGUCAUCUGCAAACAGUGACAGUUUUACUUCUUCUUUCCCCAUUUGUAUUCCUUUUAUUUCUUUUUCUCCUCUGAUUGCUGUGGCUAGGACUUCCGAAACUAUGUUGAAUAAUAGUGGUGAGAGUGGACAUCCUUGUCUCGUUCCUGAUCUUAGAGGAAAUGCUUUCAGUUUUUCACCAUUGAGAGUGAUGUUUGCUGUGGGUUUGUCGUAUAUGGCCUUUAUUAUGUUGAGGUAGGUUCCCUCUACGCCCACUUUCUGGAGAGUUUUUAUCAUAAAUGGGUGUUGAAUUUUGUCAAAAGCUUUUUCUGCAUCUAUUGAGAUGAUCAUAUGGUUUUUAUUCUUCAAUUUGUUAAUAUGGUGUAUCACAUUGAUUGAUUUGCGUAUAUUGAAGAAUCCUUGCAUCCCUGGGAUAAAUCCCACUUGAUCAUGGUGUAUGAUCCUUUUAAUGUGUUGUUGGAUUCUGUUUGCUAGUAUUUUGUUGAGGAUUUUUGCAUCUAUUUUCAUCAGUGAUAUUGGUCUGUAAUUUUCUUUUUUUUUUUAAUUUUUUAAUUUUUUUUGGCUGUGUUGGGUCUUCGUUUCUGUGCGAGGGCUUUCUCUAGUUGCGGCAAGUGGGGGCCACUCUUCAUCGUGGUGCGUGGGCCUCUCGCUCUCGCGGCCUCUCUUGUUGCGGAGCACAGGCUCCAGACGCGCAGGCUCAGUAGUUGUGGCUCACGGGCCUAGUUGCUCCGCGGCAUGUGGGAUCUUCCCAGACCAGGGCUUGAACCCGUGUCCCCUGCAUUAGCAGGCAGAUUCUCAACCACUGCGCCAGCAGGGAAGCCUGUAAUUUUCUUUUUUUGUAGUAUCUUUGUCUGGUUUUGGUAUCAGGGUGAUGGUGGCCUCAUAGAAUGAGUUUGGGAGUGUUCCUUCCUCUGCAAUUUUUUGGAAGAGUUUGAGAAGGAUGGGUGUUAGCUCUUCUCGAAAUGUUUGAUAGAUUUCACCUGUGAAGCCAUCUGGUCCUGGACUUUUGUUUGUUGGAAGAUUUUUAAUCACAGUUUCAAUUUCAUUACUCGUGAUUGGUCUGUUCAUAUUUUCUAUUUCUUCCUGGUUCACUCUUGGAAGGUUAUACCUUUCUAAGAAUUUGUCCAUUUCUUCCAGGUUGUCCAUUUUAUUGGCAGAGUUGCUUGUAGUAGUCUCUUAGGAUCCUUCGUAUUUCUGCGGUGUCUGUUGUAACUUCUCCUUUUUCAUUUCUAAUUUUAUUGAUUCGAGUCCUCUCCCUCUUUUUCUUGAUGAGUCUGGCUAAUGGUUUAUCAAUUUUGUUUAUCUUCUCAAAGAACCAGCUUUUAGUUUUAUUGAUCUGUGCUACUGUUUUCUUUGUUUCUAUUUCAUUUAUUUCUGCUCUGAUCUUUAUGAUUUCUUUCCUUCUGCUAACUUUGGGUUUUGUUUGUUCUUCUUUCUCUAGUUCCUUUAGGUGUAAGGUUAGAUUGUUUAUUUGAGAUUUUUCUUGUUUCUUGAGGUAGGCUUGUACAGUUAUAAACUUCCCUCUUAGAACUGCUUUUGCUGCAUCCCAUAGGUUUUGGGUCGUCGUGUUUUCAUUGUCAUUUGUCUCUAGGUAUUUUUUGAUUUCCUCUUUGAUUUCUUCAGCGAUCUCUUGGUUAUUUAGUAACGUAUUGUUUAGCCUCCAUGUGUUUGUGUUUUUUACGUUUUUUUCCCUGUAAUUCAUUUCUAAUCUCAUAGCGUUGUGGUCAGAAAAGAUGCUUGAUAUGAUUUCAAUUUUCUUAAAUUUACUGAGGCUUGAUUUGUGGCCCAAGAUGUGAUCUAUCCUGGAGAAUGUUCCAUGCGCACUUGAGAAGAAAGUGUAAUCUGCUGUU